UGAGCCUGGGGACUCCCAUAGCUCUCAGCAUGUGCCAGGCUGGGUCACGGCCGGGGCUCCCUGAGCUCGCCAGCACCUCUGCACCACUCGACGUGGCAGCAGCGUCUCCCCGUUCAGCUUCAUGGAGAGUGCGCUGGCGGCAGCCCGAGCAUCCCCCUGCUCUCCAGGUGCUGCCAUGCUGCUCUGUCGAGGCGGCAGGGAGAGGCGGGAUUCCCUCAGCCGCCGCUUUCACUUUCCAGUUUCUAGCGCCGACAGGCUGUGGAUUUUCCUGCCACCUGAAUGUGCCGUCGGGGCAGCAUAAAAAGCCGUGGAGAUGAAGCAGAGAAGGGAGGUGAAGCAGCUCCCCAGCACCAGCCCCCAACCCGACUGCCCGCAGCUGAGUUCACUGCCUGCAGCAGUACAAACAGGGAUCCAGCCCGCAGCGCUGUGCUGUGUCUUCUGUGGCUUCUGGCUCCACAAGCUCCUCACCCCAUCCAUCAUCACCUGCUCACUGUCAGGCUCUCGUCAGCACGAUGCUGUCCCUCAGCUUCAUCCUCCUGCUGGCGCUGGUGGUAGGGACCAGCCUCGGGGCUGCCAUCCCCCAGGAUGCCCUGAAGAGGAGAUGCAGCCUCUCCAAGUACCAGUUCCUCGUGCCCCAUGAGCUGAAGGCCGUGCAGAAGAUGAAGGAGCACUUUGAGGACAUCAUGCUGCUAUCGGGCCAGAAAUGCAACACCAGGCUCUUCCAUCGGAAGUGGAGCACGCCGGAGCUGUCGGUGCCCGACCGAGUGAUGCUGGUGGAAGCUGAGCUGGACCUGGCCAUUACUGUGCUGGCGCUCCCAGCUGCGCCCAGGCUCGCGGAGCUGCGCCAGCAGCCCCUGGCCUUCCUCACCCAGGCCCGGGAGGACCUGCGAGGCUGUGUGGCCAUGGAGGCUACUUCUUAUCAUCCCUCCGGGAAACUGCGGCACUGGCUGCAGAGGCUGCAGAUGGCCAAGGAAACAGAGACUGCCGGCUGCCUGGAGGCCUCAGCCAUCCUUCACCUCUUCCAAGUGCUGAACGACCUGCGGUGUGCAGCCCUCCAGGAGCAAUGCACUUAGUUCCUGCCGGUGGAAUGGCACAGCAUGGCACGGCAUGGAAUGGUGCUCACCAGCCCCAAAGGAUGUCUCGAGGGCUGGGAAGAACGAUCUUUACUGCAUCACUGGACUGUAAUUUCCUAUUUACGCAUUUUUCUUAUUUAUGUGAGCUCAGGAAGCAAUUCUUUUUCAU